AUGAAAAAUUCUGGUAAAGAUUUGGAGACUUACAACUUGACUCUUUUAUGUCCAAUAAAUAAAUCAAAAAUGAAACUGCCUGUCAAAUCUGUCAAAUGUAAUCAUUUGCAGUGUUUUGACUUGCAAGCUUUCAUUUCUUUGAAUGAGAUAGAACCCACAUGGCUGUGCCCUAUAUGUUCGAAGUCCUGUAUCUUGGCUGAUUUGAAAAUAGACUCUUUCCUUUCGUUUAUUAUCAAUAGUAUAAACUUACCUAAAACUUGCGAGGAAGUAGAGCUUGAUGCGAAUGGCAAAUGGAAACCAUGUAUAUUGAACAGUGAUAGUCGUGAAGGUAUUUUGGGUACAUCUUGUGGCCCUUUAGAAAAAACUAUUCUUGAAAUUGAUUUGGGUAACUCAGAUGAUGAAGAUCUCGGUGAUAUUGUAAAAACAGUAUUACCGAUAACAAGUGCAGGGAAUUCCAAUGGUUCAAUAAGAUACUAA